AGCGCGCUCUCUAUACCACGAGUGUUGCUUUCCUUGUUCUCAUGGCUUCCCUCAGCCCCGUUCGGGCCAUGACCAGGAAUUAAAACUUAAACACAACUUGGAAGAACCCUCCCUCGAAACAAUAAUAUUUAAUGGAAGGACAGAGACCGUAAAUCGAGAACGUCCCUCAGAUGUGUGUGUAUCUUCAGCGUCCACGAGGUGAAGAUGUUAUCACAGAGUGAAGCAUGAAACCCCACACUCUGCUCCACCGUUCAACAUGCGUCUGACGAAACGCUUCGUUAAUAAACAGUUUAAGUCGUACCACUCUACCAGUUCAUCGUACGUUUCUCCGUAGAGUGUUACAAGAGCCAGUGUAGUGAGUAACUGGAAGAUGAAUGAAGUAGAUUUAGUGAGGAGACUAGAUAACUAUGGAAACUACGGUACAAGUGACAGUAGCAAUUCUACAGAACAUUAUGCUAGGUGUAAUUCAUCUAGAUACGUCAAGUGUGUGUGUAGCGUUCCCAGUGAAAAACAACAGGCAGGACGCCUUACACGGUGCGAAUCGCACAGGAGAGAUAACAUGGAGCGAUGCACACAGUGCGGCGUACAUCAAACAUGCGUACAGAACAGAGUGCUAUUUCAGAAAUGCGGCUCAUUGCAGAAGACAGUACGAUGCUGCAAUGCCCGAGUGCACAGAACUGUUGCUGUCGCGUCAUCCACAGUGAACACUGUCAGAUACACCACACAGUGCACUCCAAGUGGAUCCCUGGCGUUAAAGCCUUCCUAUGACCUGUCUGAAAAUUCUAUCCCUGCUAAACCCAUUCCACCACCACCACCACCAUCUUUAUUUGUACCAUCCUCAGCAUCUCCACUCGUUCAGUCAUCCAUCUUACCAAACCCAUCGUCUGUUUUGGUUCAUUUUCCUUUUUUACUUAACGUUUCAAGGCCUGAUGAAGAGGUUCAUUCUUUAUCUGUAAAUGAUGAAGUUCAUCUUUUAUCUGUAAAUGAUGAAGAGGUUCAUCCUUUAUCUGUAAAUACUGAUCACGUAGUAAAUUAUUUAUUUUCUGCAGUCCCGGUGACAGGUGUUUCCCUAGGCUCAUCAAUAUACAAAAUAAAUCCAAAUACAACAAGAUCAGUUAUUGUAUUUCUACCUUCCUUAAUCUAUACUGCAAUUUCUGACGGUGACCUUCACUGUCUUAAAUCCUUCCACUCUUUGUAUACUCGACCCUCUGUCUCGCAUUCUCUUACGAUAUCAUCUACAUCAUUCUUAAGACCACAUGCCAGAUCAUCUACAACGCCAAGACCACCACCUGCAAUGCGGUCUACGACCCCAGCCGCAUCUCCUGCAAUGCAGUCUACCAUAUACGCUCCGUCACUUACAAUACAAUCUACGACACCCGCUGCGUCACCUACAAUACAAUCUACCACACACGUUGCGUCACCUACACUACCAUCAACAAAAUCCACUACAUCAGAGUCUACACCCACCCCAGUAACUCCCAAACUCCACACGAGAGCCGAACCACAACAUCGUGGAAAGAGGACCAGCAUCUCGAGUGCCAGGUUGCUAGAGCCGAGCACCUGCACGCCUGAGGGAGAAGUACACGUCGAAGCGUCACCUGCGCGGUGCCUGCGUUCGAAGUGGACCUCGAAGCGAGGCAGCUGCCAUCAGAGAGGCGGAGACGUCCUCACAGCUGCCUUCACCAUGCUCGCUGUCGUCUUCUCCACUGCUUACUCCUACGAACUCAAACCUACCACUACAGUGUCCAGCGUUGUGUUAGCUGGACGAACAGCUAAGUUGCCCUGUGAGCUUCCACUGCCACCUGACCGACCAACACUCAUCCUCUGGUACAAGGAUCAAGCCACUAAGCCGUUCUACAGUUUCGACGCCCGGGAGACAGCCACGGGUCACCACAAGGUGCACGAAGACUCGCAACUGGGCAAGAGGUCACGUUUCAGACCACAAACCUUCCCUUAUGCCUUCAAGGCGAGGCUAGGCUUCCUGGAGGUAGAGUCCAUCUCUCUGGCCGACGCUGGCAACUAUACUUGUCGUGUUGACUUCAUGACGUCGCAGACAAUGAUGUCAUUAUUGCAACUCUCUGUCCAUGAGGAGGUGCGCAGCUUGAAGGUCUUCGACGCUUAUGAAAACAUGGUGGGAGAAGUGGCUGGGCCGUACGAGCUGUCUUCAAGGGUUAUGCUGUCCUGCCGGGCGUAUGGUGGUUAUCCACUACCAGUGGUGGAGUGGGUGUCAGGGGAUCAGCUUCUGGAGUCCUCACUGACGCAGCCGGCCAGCACGCCCACACACAGAGCUCGCGGGCGUGGGGGAGAGGCUCCCACGACGGUGGUGGGCGUUAUACUGCACUUGCCCAGCCUCAGGAGGGAGGACAAUGGGAGGGAAGUCACCUGUGUGGCCUCCAACACCAACCUGACUAACGCGCAGUCCCACACCAUCAGCAUACAGAUGUACCUGCCUCCGCUGGAGGUGAGUGUGGAGGGGGUGGAGGAACCCCUCAGAGCUGGUGUGGAGGCUGGAAUCUUAUGUCGUACCUCAGGAUCCACACCUCCUGCCCAACUAACGUGGAACAUCACAGGCUCAGCUGCCCUAACUACCCUACCAGCCCAGUCGUCGCUGGACCAAAACACGACUAUCAGGCGAGGUCGUCUGCUACCCUCCCCAGACGACCACGGUCGAACACUUACCUGUACUGCCACGAAUCCGCAAGUGCCAGACUACUUCCUCGCCUCCACUCACACGCUCAACGUUCUCUUUGCACCGUUGGUGGAGGCUCGCUUGGCACCUGCCCUCGACCCUGGCAACAUUAAGGAAGGAGAGGAUGUCUACUUCGAGUGCCACAUCAGUGCCAAUCCUCCAGAAUCUAGAGUCAUAUGGUUACACAAGGGCGAGCCGCUGCACACAGCCAGGGGUCGAGGGGUGCUGGCACAAGGCAGGAACCUAGUACUGCAGAAAGUGAGUCGACAAGCUCGAGGUCACUACCAGUGUCGAGUGAGCAACACCAUCGACACGGUGACCAGCGAACCAGCCUCACUUGACGUCAUGUUCGCACCUGAGUGCCGUGGUCCCAAGAACCAGACAGUAUCAGUCACAGCCUCGGAAGAAGUCAAACUUGAGUGUGUGGUGGAAUCCAACCCAGCUCCGACUGACUUCCUGUGGCGGGUCAACAGCACACGGGGUAUUCAGGAGCUAGAGCCUUCCUCCUACAGCGUCCGUGGUCGUAGCAGCACCUUGGUGUACCGCCCCGACGACCACGAACACGACCAAGACCAGUACGGAGUCGUCUUCUGUCAAGGCAAGAACAGACUUGGCACCCAGGAGACACCCUGCAUGUUCCUCAUCACUCCAGCAGGUCCUCCAGAUGAACCCCUGUCCUGUUCCCUGGUUAACCAGAGUGCCACGUCGCUAGGUGUCUCCUGCGUGCCUGGGCACGAUGGUGGCCUCUCCCAGACCUUUCUCGCCACGGUUCGUGAUGCAGGGAGUCAGAGAGUGGUGGCGGAGGUGUCAUCUGCUACGCCCACCUUUACUGUGGGCGGCCUGGCACCUGGGCGGGACUACUUAGUGUUUGUCACCGCUGCCAACACCAAGGGUCACUCCUCUCCGUACCUCAUCCAUGGCUUCGCUCUCAAAGUGGCAGAGAAUAAGAUAAGUGAGUGUUUAAGCAAUUAUUUCCAGCUAGCGUUCCUCCCUGAUGUUAUUCAGUGCUACUAUCAUCCUCAGUUCCUCCCUGAUGUUAUCCAGUGCUACUAUCAUCCUCAGUUCCUCCCUGAUGUUAUCCAGUGCUACUAUCAUCCUCAGUUCCUCCUUGAUGUUAUUCAGUGCUACUAUCAUCCUCAGUUCCUCCCUGAUGUUAUCCAGUGCUACUAUCAUCCUCAGUUCCUUCCUGAUGUUAUUCAGUGCUACUAUCAUCCUCAGUUCCUCCCUGAUGUUAUCCAGUGCUACUAUCAUCCUCAGUUCCUUCCUGAUGUUAUUCAGUGCUACUAUCAUCCUCAGUUCCUUCCUGAUGUUAUCCAGUGUUACUAUCAUCCUCAGUUCCUUCCUGAUGUUAUUCAGUGCUACUAUCAUCCUCAGUUCCUUCCUGAUGUUAUCCAGUGUUACUAUCAUCCUCAGUUCCUUCCUGAUGUUAUUCAGUGCUACUAUCAUCCUCAGUUCCAUCCUGAUGUUAUCCAGUGCUACUAUCAUCCUCAGUUCCUCCCUGAUGUUAUUCAGUGCUACUAUCAUCCUCAGUUCCUCCCUGAUGUUAUCCAGUGCUACUAUCAUCCUCAGUUCCUCCCUGAUGUUAUCCAGUGCUACUAUCAUCCUCAGUUCCUCCUUGAUGUUAUUCAGUGCUACUAUCAUCCUCAGUUCCUCCCUGAUGUUAUCCAGUGCUACUAUCAUCCUCAGUUCCUUCCUGAUGUUAUUCAGUGCUACUAUCAUCCUCAGUUCCUUCCUGAUGUUAUUCAGUGCUACUAUCAUCCUCAGUUCCUCCCUGAUGUUAUCCAGUGCUACUAUCAUCCUCAGUUCCUCCCUGAUGUUAUCCAGUGCUACUAUCAUCCUCAGUUCCUCCUUGAUGUUAUUCAGUGCUACUAUCAUCCUCAGUUCCUUCCUGAUGUUAUUCAGUGCUACUAUCAUCCUCAGUUCCUCCCUGAUGUUAUUCAGUGCUACUAUCAUCCUCAGUUCCUUCCUGAUGUUAUUCAGUGCUACUAUCAUCCUCAGUUCCUCCCUGAUGUUAUCCAGUGCUACUAUCAUCCUCAGUUCCUCCCUGAUGUUAUUCAGUGUUACUAUCAUCCUCAGUUCCUCCCUGAUGUUAUCCAGUGCUACUAUCAUCCUCAGUUCCUCCCUGAUGUUAUUCAGUGCUACUAUCAUCCUCAGUUCCUCCCUGAUGUUAUUCAGUGCUACUAUCAUCCUCAGUUCCUUCCUGAUGUUAUUCAGUGCUACUAUCAUCCUCAGUUCCUCCCUGAUGUUAUUCAGUGCUACUAUCAUCCUCAGUUCCUUCCUGAUGUUAUCCAGUGCUAUUAUCAUCCUCAGUUCCUUCCUGAUGUUAUUCAGUGCUACUAUCAUCCUCAGUUCCUCCCUGAUGUUAUUCAGUGCUACUAUCAUCCUCAGUUCCUCCCUGAUGUUAUUCAGUGCUACUAUCAUCCUCAGUUCCUUCCUGAUGUUAUUCAGUGCUACUAUCAUCCUCAGUUCCUCCCUGAUGUUAUUCAGUGCUACUAUCAUCCUCAGUUCCUUCCUGAUGUUAUUCAGUGCUACUAUCAUCCUCAGUUUCCUCCCUGA